CUCCAUUCCAGGCUGUCAGUGAGGCUUCCCUGGAUGUCGCAUCCUGCACAGUCGUCUACUGUCAUAACUUUAUCUGCAGCCUUACAAACAAAUACAACCUGAUGAUGAGUGGAGAUAAUGGACACGGAGACUCUCAGGUCAACUGUGGAUCUAAGGGAAGCGGUAGGUCCUUUAAAGACUCACAAGCAUAAAGACAAGCGCAAAGACAAGGAGCACAGACAUAAAGAACACAAGAAAGACAAAGAGCGAGAGAAAGUCAAGCACAGUAACAGCGAACAUAAGGAACACUCUGAGAAGAAACACAGAGACAAAGAGAAGCUGAAACACAGUGACGGCAGCUUAGAGAGGCAAAGAGAAAAGCACAAAGAGAAGAGGAAAGAGGACAAGAUUCAGUCAUCCCAUUCAGACAAGCCUAAAAAGGAGAAGGAAAAUGGAUAUGCAAGACAGACGAGUCCUGCGGUCAUUAAGAGUGAACCUGAGGAAGACAGCAGCUUCUACUCCUCUCACCAACACAAGACCUCUAAACGAGAGUAUGACAAUGAAUCUGAAUUCAAGCCCAAAAAAGUCAAGGUGGAGCAUGAAAAAAAAGCCAAAAAAAGGAAACAUGAGUAUGAAGAAGAUGACAGGAAUGAGGAUGUCAAGCACAAAAAGAAAACAAAAGACAAAAAAGUAACAGAUGGAAAGAAAGUCAAAAAAGAAGAGGAAAAAUGGAAAUGGUGGGAGGAGGAGCGAUCUACAGAUGGUUCUAAAUGGCGCUUUCUUGAACAUAUGGGUCCAGUCUUUGCUCCUCCAUAUGAACCCUUGCCUGACAAAGUGACAUUUUAUUAUGAUGGUAAGCCUAUGAAGCUUAGUGCUCCUGCUGAAGAGGUAGGCACAUUCUUUGCCAAGAUGUUAGAUCAUGAGUACACUACGAAGGACAUCUUUAGGAAGAAUUUCUUUAAGGACUGGAGAAAGGAAAUGACGUCAGUGGAGAAGUCGGUUAUCACUGACCUGAAAAAGUGUGACUUCAGUGAAAUGAAUGAGUACUUCAAGGCCCAAUCAGAGUCUCGCAAACAGAUGUCUAAGCAGGAGAAACAAAAAAUCAAAGAGGAAAAUGAGCGGAUCCUCCAGGAGUAUGGGUUCUGUAUGAUGGACAACCACAAGGAGAGAAUCGGGAACUUUCGCAUUGAGCCGCCGGGUCUUUUCCGAGGACGAGGCGACCAUCCGAAGAUGGGAAUGCUGAAACGUCGCAUUAGACCCGAAGAUGUCAUCAUUAACUGUAGCAAGGACUCCAAACACCCUAAACCACCCCCAGGGACGAAAUGGAAAGAAGUUCGCCACGAUAACAAGGUGACCUGGUUAGCAUCGUGGACAGAGAACAUCCAGGGCUCCAUCAAGUACAUCAUGUUAAACCCUAGCUCCAGGAUCAAGGGGGAAAAGGAUUGGCAGAAAUAUGAGACCGCCCGGCGUUUGAAGAAGUGUGUGGAUCGAAUUCGUAGCCAGUAUAGAGAGGACUGGAAGUCAAAAGAGAUGAGGAUCAGACAGAGGGCCGUGGCACUGUAUUUCAUAGACAAGCUGGCACUGAGGGCAGGUAACGAAAAGGAGGAGGGGGAGACAGCGGACACCGUUGGCUGCUGCUCACUGCGGGUGGAACACAUUAAACUGUACACCAAGAUAGACCACCAGGAGUAUGUUGUGGAGUUUGACUUCUUGGGAAAAGACUCGAUCCGCUACUACAACAAGAUAGGGGUUGAGAAAAGGGUUUUUAAAAACCUCCAAUUGUUCCUGGAGAACAAGCAGGCUGAAGAUGACCUCUUUGACAGACUGAAUACUUCUAUUCUGAAUAAGCACUUGCAGGAACUGAUGGAUGGACUAACAGCCAAGGUUUUCCGUACCUACAAUGCCUCAAUCACGCUGCAACAGCAGCUCAAAGAGCUUACCUGGAGUGAUGAGAGCAUACCAGCAAAAAUCCUGUCAUACAACCGAGCCAAUCGUGCAGUGGCAAUUCUUUGUAACCACCAGCGAGCUCCACCCAAAACAUUUGAGAAAUCCAUGCAAAACCUCCAGACUAAGAUUGACGAGAAACAAAGCCAACUAUCUGCAACCAGGAAGCAGCUGAAGGCUGCCAAGGCUGCUCACAAGGCCUCCCGUGAUGAAAAGAGCAAAAAGACUGUGCAGGUGAAGCACAAAGCUGUGGAGAGGAUAGAAGAGCAACUAAUGAAGCUCCAGGUGCAAGCCACGGACAGAGAGGAAAACAAGCAGAUUGCUUUGGGAACCUCCAAGCUCAACUAUCUGGAUCCACGCAUUUCUGUUGCUUGGUGCAAGAAGUGGGGCAUUCCUGUGGAAAAGAUCUACAAUAAAACCCAGAGAGAGAAGUUUGCCUGGGCGAUUGACAUGGCUGAAAAGGAUUAUGAAUUUUAACUGCACUUAGUGUUUUUACCUUUUCUACCCAGGCCUUUUGAUUUUAAGGAUGCUGUGUACUUGAUGUGAAACGAUUCCACUGUGUGGUAACUGCAGGACAGCAAAGCUGACACUCUGCUGAAGUUGUGAUCACAGGAUAAUGAUUAUGAUGUAAAUAUGGAUUGGUUGUGUACAGAAAAAGAAAAAAAAAUAUUUAACUGUUUCACCAUUUUGCCAAAAGGCAUCUCUGAAGGAACUUUAUAAUUAUGUGUAUGUAGCUGCAGCAAUCUGACUGUAAUCCAACAGCAAUGAACACUUUAGUAUUAUAUUGUGUCAAAUAAAUGUUCGGAAAUUUGUAAGCCAUCAGAUUUAUUGAGGAAAAACUAUAUUCUCAUAGAAAAAUGAAUUGAUGCCCGAGAGACUGUGAGAAAUAAUGUGGAAAGUAAAAUAAUAAUAAUUUUAGAGUGAAAAACAAGUUUAAUGAAAUGAGCCUGACAGAAAGAUGACAAAUGUGAAAAAUGAAACCCUCCCACUAUGCUCACACAUAUUAGUACACAGAAUGUCAUAUUUUAUCCAUGUAGUUUUAAUUUACUAUUUAUUUCAGGGAUGUACAUAUGUUUCAAUGUUUUUUAAAAGGCGUGCUGUAUUCAUGAUCAACAAAAGGCUCUUCGUUGUUCAUAUGCAGCUUCUUCUUUGUGUCUGUUUCUCCACUUUUCCAUUGAGCAGUGGGUAAAAUUCAUCUUGAUUACUUGAAAUAGCUGUAACAUGUUUUGUGUGCCAGAGCUGAAAGAAAGCGUCCCCUCUGACAGAGGAGCAUGGACUUUGCCAAAAAAGAUCAUAUCUUCUAUCCUUGUAAUGUGCUGUUUUUUGUAUUGCUAUGAUAAAACAUAGUGUCUUUGAAAAUGUCCAAAUUGUGAAUGGAUAUUCUAACUUUUCUCAUUAAUAUUUCUUGCUAUUUGGUCAUAUAUCACACAACCAUAAUCUUU